GGGUGAAGGAAAACUUGCCUUUUAAGCAACUCUCCUGCUGUAUUGCUGGCAUGGCACUUUGUCUUCCUUUUUAUGUCUUGUGAGGUCUUUGCUCUGUCACUGAUUUCCAGCUGCGCUUGCCCCGGCUGCAGGAGGGAUUGCAGCAGCUCUGCAGGCACCAGCGGAGAAGCAUCGGGCCAUAUUGAGGGUUUCUGUGCUGUGCUCCUUGGUGUCGACAUGCCCCGAAUGCUCUGUCCGCACAGAAAGUGAAACUCAAGAAAUUUAGCUUUGGGAAGGUGCUGCAAGCUUUGAAGAACCAACUUCAGCAGAGCCAGCACCAGCAGAAAGGAGAUUUGGCUGGUGGAGUGAACAAGCGGGGAAAAAAGGUGCUUCAGGAAAUAUGGGAUGUAUAAAAUCAAAAAGGAAAGAGAAUCAGCAUGGAGAUGGGCUAGAUUUGAAGAAUCAACCAGUACGUAAAACUGAACGAACUAUUUAUGUGAGGGAUCCAACGUCCAAUAAACAGCAAAGGCCAGCGAACCAGGAAGCACAGCUCUUACCAGGACAGAGGUUUGUCACCGAAGAUACAGAGGAGCACGGAGUCAUUGUGGUGGCUUUGUACCCCUAUGACGGCAUUCACGAAGAUGACCUGUCCUUCAAAAAAGGAGAAAAACUGAAAGUUAUUGAAGAGCUGGGAGAAUGGUGGAGGGCAAAGUCUCUCACCACGAGGAAGGAAGGAUUCAUUCCCAGCAACUACGUAGCAAAAGUAAACACCUUGGAAACAGAAGAAUGGUUCUUCAAAGACAUAACCCGAAAAGAUGCCGAAAGACAACUCCUGGCUCCUGGAAAUAGUCCUGGAUCUUUCCUUAUCAGGGAAAGUGAAACAUUAAAAGGAAGCUAUUCUCUCUCCAUAAGAGACUAUGAUCCACAGCACGGCGACGUUAUUAAGCACUACAAAAUUAGGAGUCUAGACAAUGGAGGAUUUUACAUCUCUCCAAGAAUAACUUUUCCCAACAUCAAUGAUAUGAUCAAACAUUAUCAAAAGCAAUCAGAUGGCUUAUGCAGAAAGUUGGAAAAAGCCUGUAUUAGUCCCAAGCCUCAAAAACCAUGGGAUAAAGACGCAUGGGAAAUUCCACGGGAAUCAAUUAAAUUAGUGAAGAAGCUUGGAGCUGGUCAGUUUGGAGAAGUCUGGAUGGGUUACUAUCACAAUAGUACCAAAGUGGCUGUGAAGACUCUGAAGCCCGGGACGAUGUCUGUGCAAGCCUUCCUGGAGGAAGCCAACCUCAUGAAAACGCUUCAGCACGAUAAGCUCGUGAGGCUUUAUGCUGUCGUGACCAAAGAAGAACCUAUUUAUAUUAUAACGGAAUUCAUGGCUAAAGGAAGCUUGCUGGAUUUUCUGAAGAGUGAUGAAGGAAGUAAAUUGUUGCUCCCAAAGUUAAUCGACUUCUCUGCACAGAUUGCAGAAGGGAUGGCGUACAUCGAAAGGAAAAACUACAUCCAUCGAGACCUGAGAGCAGCCAACGUCCUGGUUUCGGACUUACUGAUGUGCAAAAUUGCUGAUUUUGGGCUAGCCAGAGUCAUCGAAGACAACGAAUACACAGCAAGGGAAGGUGCAAAAUUCCCUAUUAAAUGGACAGCACCGGAGGCAAUAAACUACGGAUCUUUCACUAUUAAAUCUGAUGUGUGGUCAUUUGGGAUUCUCCUGUAUGAAAUCGUUACAUAUGGAAAGAUUCCUUACCCAGGUAUGAGCAACUCAGAUGUGAUGGUUGCUCUUCAGCGCGGGUACCGAAUGCCACGCAUGGAAACAUGCCCAGCCGAGCUUUACGAUAUCAUGAAAACGUGCUGGAAAGACAAAGCAGAAGAGAGGCCAACGUUUGAUUAUCUACAGAGUGUGCUUGAUGACUUCUACACAGCAACAGAAGGGCAGUAUCAACAACAGCCAUAAAACAAAGAACAAUUAUUACAGACUAUUAUUUGGACAGACUGCUCAAAGCAAUUACUUCACAAGUUUGGAUGUCUUAACCGAGUGCGGAAGCUGAAAUGCUGAAGGAAAGAGUAAUUCUGCAAAGAAAUAAUAACGUUUUCAUUCAACUGAAGUUCUCCUUAAAUGCUCUGUUUUGCAUCUGCAGAAACAUCCCAGCCCAAAGAGGCUUUUUGGGGUGGAAAGGGAGAAGGAAGGAAAGAGACCACGCACUGGCACAGCCUGACACAGCCUUCUUAGGACCUAAGUCAUGGCGUACGUUACAAGGAGAACCUUUAUAAAAGGGCAAGAAGAUGCAUGAAGAGCCAUUUCCAAAAGAAAAAGCCAAGAAGGAGACCUUAAAGAUUUAAGACGUGGUGGUAUCUUUUUUUCAAAUACAGCAUAUUGUGAAAAUUAUUUUUCUAUCCUUGUUAUUUCACAGCAGCAGCUGGGGUACUGUCACCUCUUGUAAGACUUUCUAAAGGGUGUGGUGGUUUCCUUUAAGGAAGGGUGAUGUUUGCAGCUCUUUACGCUGAAGAUGAUUCUGGUUUACUGCUGUAUUACUCAAAUUCAAAAUCAUUUCCAAAGCAUUGCACAGCCAUCACAGAUGCAGAAGUGUGAUACAAGCAGCAGGACACCCAGCUCCAUUCCACCUUUGGUUUCCCCCAAGGCCAAAGGCAUCAUCUGAGGUCCACAGGGAAGCACGGGAUUCUGAAGGAAUACUUUCAUCGCAGUCUCCGAGACUGUUACCAGUGAAAAUAUUUUAAUCUUAAUUUUUAAUCCUCUGUGAUUAUUCAAGAAUAUUCUUUAUAUUUUUGCUGCUUUAAUCAACUAACCUCAAAUCUGUUUUAAAGCUAAAACCAGCUCUAGCACUAUCCAAAACAAUUUGUGGAAAUAUGCAGUAGGACAUCAAGUUACAUUGCAGUGACACUAAAAGUCUGUUGCUUAGUAGAGAAAUUAAUUCCUAAAAGUGAAUGCAGUUUGCUAACAUCUACAUAUCGAAACGUUCUAGCAAAUUACUUAUCAAAACAGUUGAACUAGUGCAUUUGCAAUGUAACUACAGCAUAGAUUACUUUUCUUCCCCCCAAAGUGACACUGGUUCUUACACCUGAAAUCUAGUCCACCUUUGCCACCCCUCAGCCCAAUUAUUUAGGCAAAUGGUACUUUGCAGAAGCUUAAACCCCUUUUGAUAAAGCUUCAGUGUGCCUGCAGUUGAAGUUCAGCAGCAUAAAUAUUAAUUGCUUUUCUUCUCGAUUGGCUUCCUUCAGUCAAACUGUGCAGUUUAAGCAGACUCUCAGUUAAAUAUGUAAAUAGUUUCUAUUGUAUGGUGAUUUUUAAUUUUAAUAAACACUUAAUCUGAA